AUGAGAUGUAAUUAUUAUCCAACUUGUCAAGACCCUGAUAUAGCCCUUGGACCUGCACCUCACUCUGUUCCCAACUCUUUGACAAUACUUCGUCAAGAUCAAGUUGGAGGCUUGGAGGUUUUUGUGGAUAGCAAGUGCAAGUCGGUGCGACCUAGGCCUGAUGCACUUGUCAUCAACAUCGGAGACACAUUUACGUGUGUAAGNCGAUUCAGGAACAGAGGAGAAGUAGGGUUUGCAACACAUGGAAGUGAGAGUGGAGAUGAGGUGACUGGAGAUAAGGAGGAAACUGGUAUGGGUACAGUAGUAUCAGGGAUAGUGAAGAAGUGGGUUUCCGGUGAUGGUGUUAAGGGAUGUGGGAGUGAUGUUGAUGGCAAGAGAAAAAGACGAUUAUUUGUUGGCCAUGGUGAGAGAAGUGGUAGAGAGUUCUGA